GCCUCCACUAAACCCAAGAGAAAAACUGCCACUAAAAGUUUGAAAUCUAAACCUAACAGCAAUGACACUGAUUCUAACGUAAUCCAACUUUUAACUUCUAUGAUGACGGAUAUGAAAUCCUCCAUUGAUGAUCUCAAGGACAGCAUGAAAUCGAUGAAGGAUGACUUACAUGCUGCAAAUCACCAACACCGAUCUUGUAUCACAACUAGCGGCCAAAACAGUGGCUUUUAAGGAACUGGACGAUGAAAAUGUGUACUUACGUAAGCAACUGAUUGCAUGUAAAUCUGACUCAUCAACUUCCAAAAAAGGCACUCUUGUGGUAGGCAGCUCUAUUGUUAGGGACUUCGACAGUGAUAAACUGGUCAAUACUGAUGUUGAAUGUAUUCGUGGAGGAAAGAUCAAGGAUGCCCACAAACACAUUACCAACCUAGAUAAACCAUAUGACAGGAUUAUUUUCCAAAUUGCCAGUAAUGAUGCCGCAGAAAAGGAUGCCACUGUCAAGGGCAUCACUGACGAAUAUAAUACCAUGCUAAUUGGAGCCAAGAACGUUUGCAAUGAUAUUUAUGUAUCCAGUGUCACACCCCGUACUGACAAACCCCCUGUUCAAUCCAUUAUAGAGGGGGUAAAUGCUGAGCUAAGUGAACUGUGCCAGAAGGAUCCCUCCCUCACAUUCAUCAAUAAUGAUGAAUCAUUUAGACUGCAAAACAACACAAUCAACAAUGGAUUCCUUGACGCUAGGGGUCUCCACCUAUCUAAAGCUGGCUCAAAUAGUCUCGCUAGAAACAUGAAACUUUCAGUUAAAGCCAGUCAUCAGCAAGACAUCACUAAACCAUACCAACACCGCCGUCAGUCCCCUAGAGUUAACACUGAUGCCCAUUAUCCCCCUACACCCCAGGACAAUGGGGAAUGGCAAACUGUCCCAACAAAAAGCACCAGGAGCAGCAGACCACAAAAGUCCAUCCCAAGUCAUCGCCAUAGGGACAAUUAUCAUGCCAAUACCAAUGACUCAAACCCUACCUGCUUUAAAUGUGGCGAAUCUUCUCACUUGGCCAGUACUUGCUGGCACCCCUCAUCUGUCCGAUGUUACGGCUGUAACCAGCUUGGACACAAGGAAUCCAGGUGCCCUUCUUCCUCCAAUGGAGGCAAAUAGGUCUUAGGUCAUGGUCUGGCCUUACCCCCUAUGCAUCAUCACAGAACAUUUAAUAAUCAAAGUAAAAGGACUCAUAGGCGUGGUAAACAAAUGAAACAUUUUAAUCU